CAACAACCAAACUAGAAGCAAAGAGUUUCCCUCAUAAAUGGAUAGAGGUGCCGCCAUUUUUCUGUGUCUCUUAAUUGUGGUCAUGGAUAUCACAGCUGGGAUUCUUGGCAUCGAGGCUGAAAUUGCCCAAAACAAGGUUAAGCACUUGAGAUUGUGGAUAUUUGAGUGUAGAGACCCGAGUCACAAGGCUUUCAUGUUGGGGUUGGGUGCAGCAGUGCUUUUAGCAUUAGCCCAUGUUAUAGUAAAUUUGGUGGGUGGUUGCAAUUGCCUUUGUUCUCAACAAGAGCUUCAAAAGGCUUCUCCCAACAGACAACUCUCAAUGGCAUGUCUCAUUUUAACAUGGAUUGUGUUGGCUGUUGGAUUGAGCAUGUUGGUGAUAGGGACAUCGUCAAACAACAAGUCAAGGGGUUCUUGUGGUUUCACUCACCAUCACUUCCUGUCCAUUGGUGGGAUUUUGUGUUUUGUUCAUGGCCUAUUCAGUGUGGCUUAUUACGUUUCUGCCACUGCCUCUGUUGAUUAGCGAUUAAGAUAACUGCACUUCUGCUUGCUUUUAGUGCUUUAGGGGUUUGCCUUUUCUAAAGCUUUACCAAAUGUGUGUACUAACGAUUAAAAAAAAUUGCAACCAUUAUCAUUG